CUUGAGUUUGGGGGAGAUUUAGCGCUUUAGGUUUGUGUGUAUAGAAAAUGAUAGGUAGCACCUUCAGGGCCAAUAAAAGGGUAGAGAGAACUAUAACCCAAUACCCUCGGUAUUAUAGUGGCCCCUUAGGAGGAAACAUGUGGGGGCGUUUGGGGUAACUAGUUUUCUAGCUAAAAAAACAUUCUGCAUGCCACAGGUAGCGGAAGGCUAUUAAAAAAGUUUGAGAAUUGCAGUUCAACAAGAGCUGAUAGUUGGACAUACUUGAAUUCCUAUAUAUUUCAUCUUGGAGGCAAUUAAUAGUAUAUAAUUCUCGAUCAGCAACAGCCUUUAUCCGCUGCUACAGUGUGCUUUGCUAUAAGCAACUAAGGCUGCCCAUCCAUGAAUAGGGCGACAUGGGUUGGAAAUGUCACUGGUGCAGUGAUUGGGAAUAUACUUGUGCUUUAUAAAGGGCCAUUCGUCGCUCUCUAGUAUAAAGCAAAAGGCAGAUAUUCCUAUAAUGGCAUUAGCAUUCCUGUGCUUAGUGCUGCAUACACUGACUGCUCAGAAAAGUGUAACAUCUGACUCGCUGUAUCGGUAUUUGAUUGAGAUGCCCUGCAGCAGCACUUCCUGCUUGUGAAUUUGGCUCUGCUUCCUACCAUUGCCCAGCAUUGAACUCCACAGGACCGGCAGCAGGUCUGCCUGGUGAAACAGCCUUAGAAUUCCCUGCAGGAUUCUUCCACAAAAUAAUAAACCGCAGGUUGGGCUUAUUUCCAGAAUGUUCCAUUCAGUAUAGUAUGGUGCCCCCAUCAUACUGCUAACUGCCAGUCAGCCAUAAGUACCAACCAGAGGACAGAGCACAGCACUGUUAGCUCACACUAAAGCUGCCAGAAUGGAGAUGGAGGGUUCCCAAGUGAACGAACUGAGGCAAAGAAAACAAGGCAAUCCCUCUGAAAAAGAGGAACCGACAACCAAUGAAAAAAACAAAGAUAAUAAGAAAAAAGAGAGGCUACAAAAAUAUAUUAUUCUGAAGAGGUUUAUAAAACUUUUCGUUGGAUGUAUGGGGGCAGUCAUAAGUGGCAUGAUGUACGCGAUUUAUCUUUCCACCUAUCAUGAGCGCAAGUUCUGGUUUUCCAAUAGGAGGGAUAUUGAACGAGAAAUUACGUUUCAGGGUUCUGGUGCUGUGUAUUAUUCCUUCUACAAAGACAUGCUGAGGGCGCCUUCAUUUGAAAGAGGUGUGAUUGAGCUGGCCUACAACAACCGGACUGUACCUCUGAAGACCAUAAAUGCUGUACAGCAGAUGACUCUGUAUCCAGAGCUGAUAGCCAGUGCCCUGUACCAGAUGUCUGGCAGCCAGGGUGUUGUUGAGCCAGUGUACUUCUACAUCGGGAUCCUGUUUGGCUUGCAAGGAAUUUAUGUGAGCGCAUUGUUCGUGACCAGUUGGAUUAUGAGCGGAACAUGGCUGGCAGGCAUGCUAACUGUAGCCUGGUUCAUCAUUAACAGGACAGAUACCACCAGAAUUGAACACUCCAUUCCCCUCCGAGAAAACUGGGCUUUGCCAUAUUUUGCAUGUCAAGUCGCUGCUCUUACUGGGUUCUUAAAAAAUAACAUCAGUUCAUCGGGAGAGAGACUCUGCUAUUUGUUCAUGAGUGCUUCCACUUAUUCCUUCAUAAUGAUGUGGGAAUACAGCCAUUACCUGCUUUUCCUGCAGGCAUUGGCCCUCUGCCUUCUAGAUGGUCUGUCUCUGGUACCGAAGGAAAAAGUGCAUGAAGUGCACAAGAUGUAUAUAUUCUCUGUGCUCGUGGCAUACCUGUUCCAGUUUGAAAAUUAUGCAAUAUUAACCUCUCCAUUACUCAGCCUUGUAAUAGGCUCCAUGAUAGCUAAAAGUCUCCAGAUCAGUAUGAAAAAGGGCACAUUUAGGGCAAAGGUGAUGAAGAUCAUGUAUUUUUAUUUGGCAUUUACCAUAGCAGUGUCCCUGCACUUUUUGAUAAGGACAGUGGUUCCCCCGAACGAUAACAAGCACCUUCUGCGGUUCCUUGAAGUGAGAUUUGGGCUGAACAUGUCAAAAAACUUCACAGUGAAUUGGCUACUGUGCCAGGAAUCCCUCCAACCUCCAUCUCAGGACUACCUCUUAAGGCUAACCCAGUCUUCCCUUUUGCCCUUCUAUAUUCUGGUGUUGUUCAUCUGUAUGUGUUCUGUAACUCAGGCCAUCAUUAGGAGACUUCGUGGGGCUCCUGUAAGCACUGAUAACAGAGUGGAGGAGGGUCGGAUAGGGGAAAGGCCAGAAGUUAUCUACCAUGUGGUACAAACCAUUUUGCUGGGCUCUCUCGCCAUGGUAUUUGAAGGAAUGAAGUAUCUGUGGACCCCGUAUGUCUGCAUGCUGACUGCCUUUGGCUUGUGCUCACCUGAACUUUGGACAACACUUUUCAAGUGGAUUCGACUUAAAUCUGUGCAGCCUGUUAUGUUGGCUUUUGUUUUAAGUGCUGCAGUUCCUAUGGUUAUCGGUUUCAGCCUGUGGAGAGAGUUCUUACCCAGGAUACUUGCUGAGCUGGAGGAGCUGGAGGAGCACUAUGAGUCUGACACAGUUGAACUCAUGAACUGGAUAAGAACUCAGGCUCCUAUUAACGCAGUUUUUGCCGGAAGUCCAGCAAUUAUGGGUGUGAUCAGACUGUGUACAGGGUGGAUGGUGACUAGUCUGCCAGUUUAUAAUGAUGAAGAUCUUAUGAGAAGGAAUGAAAACCUCUACCAGAUAUAUAGCAUGCGCUCAGCGGAAGACAUCUAUAAGAUCCUCACCUCCUACAAAGCCAGCUACGUGGUGAUUGAAGAUUCCAUCUGCAAUGAAGUUGGUGUGAUGAAGGGCUGCAAAGUGAAAGAUCUUCUGGAUGUUGCCAAUGAUCAUGUGAUUAAUGAAGAUGGCGAUGUAUAUGCCUACUCCAAAUACGGCCGGUUUUGCCAUGAAAUUAAAAUGAACUAUUCUCCGUACGUCAAUUACUUCACAAGAGUAUUCUGGAACAGGUCCUAUUCUGUAUUCAAGAUUAACACUCUGAUAUCGUUCCAGUACUGACCCGGAGACUUUUAUUUCUGUUCAAAUGACCUCCCAGAGCAACAGCACUCAGAUAGCCUCACAUGUCGAUGACUUUGCUAGAAAAGGGUGUUGGUGUUCUCUAAGGGAAAACCUCCAUUGGUUCUGUCAAACAAACGAGUCAGGAUCAUUUUAUUCUGUGUGCAUUGCCCUUUCUGCUUACCAUGGGGCAGAGGAAAAGCAAUGGAUCAUUGAACCAAAAUGGCAGCCAAAUACACCUAAUUCAACUGCUGCUAAGCAAGAGACGGCAGUGCCUGAUUCCUGGAACGUGCAACUAAAUAAAUGACUGGUUUGUUACUUUUUAUUUUAUUUCCUUCUAUGGAUUUUAUAUCUUGGACCUUUAUUAUGCUGAUCUUUCCAGACCCGUAGGAUUUGCCAAUUUUUUUGCAGUGGAAAGAAGAUGUGAAAAAAUGACCUGAUGCAGAGCGCUGAUUCAGCUUGUUGGUCUCUGGGGAUUUGGGAGAUGGUGGAAGAACUGGAUAGGUACUGAUAUGGUAGUGCUGGGCAAUGCCAAACUAGCUUCUCAAGGGCACUUAAACAUACCACCCCUGCCCUUACCACCCCAGCAACUUAUGCAGGAAAACAAGUCUGUCGAUUAUAUUUUUAAAUAUAUUUUAGAAGUAUUUAUGUGGCAACCAACUUUAUAUAAUUUGUGUUUUUUUGUUUUGUUUUGUUUUUAAAGGAGAGAAUGUUAAUGGUUUUAACCUCUGUCGUGCGUUACAUCCAUUGCAAUUACUCAGCAAGAGGGGUAUAUAAAUCAUUUUUCAGGCGGAGGGUGGUUGUAUAUUUUGACACCAGACUUGCAGUCUUAUUGGCUGAUGGUUCAUUCAUUAACAUCCAUUGCAAUCAAAACCUACACCAUAGUUGCCAUCAGCCUACAAAUCUAGGGGAUUAUAUCCCACGUGCUACUCACUGUAUCCAAUCACAGCUUCAGAUGUUGCCAUGCCAAUUGUUUCUAACCCAUAUCUCCAUCAUUUUCUCAAUCAUUUUCACCACCACCUUGUGCUCAUUCUGUGUCAGACUCGUAGAAUAUACAGUUACACACAUGUAACGCUGUUGUUGUAACACAUGCUGGUACUGUAUGGUAUGGUACUGUAUAGCAACCUUUUUUAUCUUUACAGCACAGAAGCCAGAUUUGCUGCCUAUAGAAGUACCACCCAUGCUAUUUGGCUAAGGAUGCUGGGAAGUGCAGCACUUUAUAGCUGGACCCACAUAACGGAUUAAAACCUACUUGAUUACAAUAAUUCAGAUGAAAAUGAUAAGAUUUGAAUCUGAAGUCAGAUUAUUCUUGUCCAGGACCAGACUUAUGCUCUGUUUUAUCUUAUGGUGCCUUGUAUUUAGCCUUUGGUUGCUGUAGUGUGCGUAUGAAAUGCGUCUCCUCUUAUGAAUGGUGUUCUGUGGCUGGAUAGUCUGUUUCUUUUUCUACAUGCGCAGGAGAACCAACGUGAUCAGCUAACAGUGAUGUACUGUAGACAUGAUGAGGGUAUGUACAGUCUUCCAUGUGGUAUUAUUGUAUUGUGCAAAAAAUUCUGUCUAUUUUUGCAGUUAAAAGACACUUUUUCCCUUAUUUCCCUUAACAGACCUUGCGCCACCCAGUUUUUUUUAUAUGAUUGUAUGAUUAAUAAAUGUGAUUGCUGUUUGCUGCCUUA